AUGAGGACGUUGGCAAUGCUGCUCGCCGUGGCCGCCGGGACCGCACUUGCACAGCACGGUCUGCACUCCACCUGCGUGUUGGUGCCCGAUGCCCAGAAUGGGUUCCAUGGGGUGUCCGGAACGAUCGAUUUCCUGCAGAAGACAGAGACGGAUCCGGUUCACGUGACAGGGAUGGUGUACGGCCUGACGGAGGGCAAGCACGGCUUCCACAUCCACACCGCGGGCGUGACGGGUGCAGACUGCUCCUCGACGGGCGGCCACUUCAACCCCGACGGAUUCACCCACGGCGCCCCGACCUCCGAGUUCCGUCACGUGGGAGAUCUGGGAAACAUCGACGCCUAUCUCAACGGAACAGCCUUUGUUGAUAUCAUGGACACAAUAAUCAGCCUGCACGACGUCGAGCGCAACAUAACAGGUCGUGCUUUGGUCGUCCACGCUUUCGAAGACGACCUCGGGCUGGGUGGUGACGAAGGCUCUCUUGCGACAGGUAAUGCUGGGGCACGAGUGGCCUGCUGCACCAUCAGCCAAAGAGGUUUUUAAAAGGGCUGUGAUUUUGGUUGGGUUUAGCCCCGCCCCAUACCUCCUACUCUUCUUAGUUCGUUCUCUCUCCCUUUCUCCUCUCUUUCUCUCUUUCCCUUUCCUGUCUUUUUCUCCUUUCCCUUCCUCUC